UAUUGUACUUUCUGCUGAAUCAAAGACAAACUGUUGCCAUGGACAGAGAAACUUUAAUAGAUUUUUAUUUCCAACUGGGAAUGAGUUAUAAAAACAUUCUCCAAAGUCUAGCGUUACAGGGAAUAUUUUUAUCUGAGAGGCACCUACAUCGCAUUUUAAGAAACAGGGGGCUUUACCGGCGACAAUACGGUGACCUUGGGGCUGGUAUUGAUUUUAUUUUUGAUCAACUGCAAGGUUCAGGAAGAGAUCACGGGUAUCGGUGGAUGUAUGCAAAGUGCUUGCAACAAGGAAUAUGCAUCAGAAAAGAAGAUGUAAGGAUCAUACUCUCUUUGCUUGACCCUAUUAACACCCAGGCUCGUCAGACCCGACGAUUGAGACGAAGACAGUAUUUUGCUCAGGGACCUAACUUUAUAUGGCACAUAGACUCAUACGACAAACUUAAGCCGUAUGGAAUAUGCAUCAAUGGAUGCAUCGAUGGGUUUUCUCGUAAAAUUACUUGGCUAAGGGCAGCUUCAACCAACAGCGACCCACGAGUUAUUGGGGGCUACUUUGUUGAAACAGUUGAGCGUUUAGGAGGGUGUCCCAGGCUUGUGCGAACUGACAUGGGCACAGAGAAUGUGGUGGUGAGAGACAUUCAGCGCUAUUUACGGAGAAACGGCGAGGACGACAGAGCAGCAGAACGCAGUUACAUUACAGGGAAAAGUACUGCUAAUCAGCGAAUUGAAAGUUGGUGGGGAGUGAUGAGAAAAGAAGGAAUUGAAUACUGGAUUACACUUUUUGGAGAACUCAAGGAUGAAGGACUUUUCACUGGUGAUGUUUUGGACAAAGCUCUAUCGCAGUUCUCAUUCAUGGCAAUUAUUCAGGAAGAGUUAAAUGAGUUACGGGACGUUUGGAACGCUCACCGCAUAAGGCCGUCUAAAAACACCAACGUGCCCUGUGGAAAACCUGACGUCAUGUUCAUGGCACCUCACCUAUGGGGUGUGGAGGACCUGAUUGUUCCACUGACAGAAGACUUAAAUGCUUGUAAAGAAAACUGCAAAUUCUUAAGUUCUGUCCCAUGUGAUGAGGACGUGUUUGAUUUGUGCACCAUCAUAAUGGAGGAAUCAGACUUGCAGUUUCCCUCCACCAGGACACAAGCCCUUGACCUAUAUUUACAUCUUAGAGAUGUUGUGCGUCCACAGAUAAGUGGACAAGAAAAUUAAAUUAUUUACAUUCAUAUUGCUGGAUUCUGUCUAAAAUAAUGCAUUUAAUCCUAUAGUAUUCUGUAUAUAGGCUACUGUACAUUGAGUAAAUUUGUUUAUUUCUUGCCUGUAAUCAAGCAUGUAUUCUUGUUCAUUUGUCAUUUUAAAAUCUGAAAUUGCACAACAUACUUAGUUUUGUGACAGUUUUUUUAGUAAUAAGGACAGGAUGCUAGCAAUUAUUUCAACUGAAUUUUCUUAUUUUUAAAUGUCUUGUUUGUCAAAAACAGCAUUUCCUAAUGUAAACAUACAGAACAAAUAGAACCAAACUGUCAAAAACUGAAGAUAUGAAAUACUUUUGUUUUUUGUUCAAAAACAGCAUUUCCUAAUGUAAAGAUACAGUACAAAUGAUAAGAAAAAAUAAAAGAUGAAAUCCCAUUGGUUUUAUCUUAAAGUAAGUUGCAGUAACAGCAUUUGUAGUGUUAUACAACGUGUAUUUAAAAAAUGAAUUGGCAAAAUCAAAACAAAAUGGAAUUCCUCAAAAAAAUAAAAAAAAAUAAACAAACAAAAAUAUACACAUACACACUUGCUGUAGAUUUGAAGUGUGUAAGCUUUGACAGUUCACAAAAUUUUUUUGUAAUUUCCUGUAUGAACCAAUUUGGAAAAUGAAACAGAAAUAAACUGGUGUGUAUCCUG